AUGAUCACAGAGUGCUCCCGAAGACGUUCCAUUCCCGUCUUUCCACCCAUGUCUAACAAAGGCCGUUCCAUAUGCAUACGACCAUCAAAGAAAAGCCCUCCUAAGCACCGGCAAAUACGGAAAACGACAAGAGUUCUUCGAGCGCGUAUGCCUCGAAAAAUAUGGUUCGACAUCCUUCCGGCCCACAUACGGAGCAAAGUAGCAUCCUACAUCUCUGGCGGUCAUCAAACUGAUGCAGCUCUGAGUUUUGCCCGAACAAAUCACAUCCAACGCCAAGCUGUUCUCUCAACUCUUUCGCACAAGCUUUGCCUGUCUCUUUUUAAUAGGAAUGGAGCUCAAUGGAUGGAGGUUUUUGGAGAUGAAAUUCAAACACUAGUUGUCGAGGAUGAUUACAAGGGCCUUUUCAGGCUGGGCAGUCACCCAGAUCCCUUUACCUUCAUGGCAGCCCCUUCUUUACGUAGAGCGGAAAUUCUCGAUGAACCGGCUGUCCUUAGAGCAAUUUCGAUGUCAACGUCACUCCGUGAUUUGAAGGUUACCAUUUAUGGCAUCGCGCCUCAGGAAUCUCUGGUCGGAACUUUGUCUCGUCUCGCUCUUUCAUCUCUUGAGCUUGUGUGUGCCCACUUUGUCCAAAACACUUGUCCUUUCAACAACAACCGUAGCCAAAGAAAUUCCCUGCCGGAGCUGCUGAUGAAUCAUUCUCAAACUCUCUCUGCUUUGAGAUUGAGCUGCCUCUACCACGCAACGUGCCAAACUUCCCUUUGGAAAACAAUUCCACAUCUUCCUCAACUUCGCGAAGUAGCGAUUUCCGCAGAUCCUCCACGGAACGCCCUCGUACACCUUCGAUCAAUCCAAGCUGUCAGAAUUUGCUCUGCUCCCCACGGAUUUCAACUUGCCAUGAUGUUGCGUUUGAAAGUGACUUGUUUAGAAUCCUCAGAGAGGCUACAUGCAAAUCAGAUUGCUUCAUUAAUUGUGUGCCCCCGCCUUGCCCUUCUUGGAGCAGAUGUUGAUGAAGGAGCAGAACAUUCGCUACAGACAUUGUUUAGGGGUGUAGAAGUUUUGCACUCCCUCAAGUUGAGAUGGCCUCAGCCACACCAAGCAAGCUCUCAACUGUACCAGACCACUGCUCUUACCCUCGCUGAAGCGAAUUCAGACGUGAUUCUAGGAGCAAUCCCGCACGCUCCCGUUCUUGACGAGCUAUAUUUUUUGAAUGUUCGGCUACGAAAGGAACACAUGAAGGGCGUUCUCUCUAUCUUGGGAGGGCGGUUGAAACACUUGGGGAUAUCUAUUUGGGGCCAAGUGGAUCCUCCCUUGUUUUAUCUAGAAUGCAUGAUUCGUAUUCUCGCAACACACAACUCCCAGCUGCGUACUUUCUAUGUAUCCGAGGUUGCGAGUUUUGAGAAGCAUCUGAUGCGCGAAUCAUAUAGGAGGGCGACGAGUGUCCAGGAGAGAGAAUCGCAGCUAUACCAGCUUCGAUGUGCACUUUGUGCAUUGAAACGCUCAGCGCCUUUGGUGCAAACAUGCAAACUUGAAAUGUUUAUCUGUUUCCUCCACGAUACUCCGGCGCAGGCCCUUUCAGGCUAUGAACACCCAGAACUCGAUGUACCUGGAAUCAUUGAAUAUGCACAUGAUGAUUUCUUACCCCUGUCUCAGAGCGAUAUCCAGUGAAGAAAACUCCUACCCUAUUUAGAUUUGACCUUCCAACUCCUCUACACGCACCCUUCUUCCAAGCACAGUAACUACUUGCACAUACUUUCUUGACAAACGAAUAAUGUUUACCGGGAAUUGUGUAGAAUAGAAUCUGACUCCAAUAAAUAACAACCCCAUCGCGAA